CAACGUUCGUGAGACGAAGAUGCACUUAUUUACCAACUUCCUUAUUUCAGAUUCUCACAUUCGUUCACAAUGUGGGAUUACCGACAUGUUGGAUUUAUUUAUUUUGUUAUGUAUUUUAACAAAUUUUACCUUUCAAUGAGUUCAGCCUGCAAUGUCGACAGUAAUGGUUUUCAUCGUUUCGGGCCAAACUGUGAACACCUUUGUCACUGCGUUGGAAACCAGAGGUGUGAUGACGUAACAGGGGAGUGUGACGAGUGUGAAGUACCCUGGUUUGGACCAGCAUGCCAGUACUAUGACAUUGCAUUUGAUUUUUUUGACACGGACAAUAAGAGGGCAUACGGGUCACGGCACUUAGAUAAUAAUUUUCCACCCAAGUAUCCAGAUCUUGCCCAAGAUGGAGACUAUUCAACCUGUUGCUCAACAAACAUCGCAUCUGCUGGAAGUCAUAGACAUAUUAAUCCCUUCUGGAGCAUUUACUUCGUCAACACAACACGAUUUUAUGAUUUCCAACUGUUGUUAUCAGACAAUGAAACUCUCAGAGCGGACUUUAACGGAUAUAAAAUCUACAUAGAAAACCUGACAUCAUGGGGUUACGAAGAUAAGGAACGAAACUAUAUACCGCCGAACACUAGUCGUUCCCUGUGUUACCAGCACGACGGUAGCAAAAUCACGAAUCGAACCAUGGUUGUGCAAUGUGUCAAGACUUUGAUUGGGAACUCAGUCAGGAUUGAGAUGGUCAACAGAUAUACACAGCUAGUUCUCUGUGAUAUUAAAAUUAGCGCAGGAAGGAACAUAGCGUUUGGGAAAAGGUUAACUCUAAGCCCGAACAGCAUACGGAGUACGUUUUCAUCAACAGGAGCAGUUGAUGGAAACACAGACAAUACGCAUAUACACAACUGUUCUGGAAUGCACGGCAAUGAUAUCACACCAAAAUGGAUACAAGUAGAUCUGAUGCAACAUGUUGACUUGAACUUGAUUGUGAUCACUGGAUAUCAAACAGAUGGUUUCCUAGAUUCUGGAUUUAAAAUUGAAGUAUCGAACAAUUCAACAAGUCUUUUCGAAGAGGUUUUUGAUAAUUCAACCGACUUUCGACCAAUGGCUGGCAUUUUCUUGACGUCACAAGGGCAAUAUUUCAAAAUACGGCAAAUGGCUGCAAAACGACACUUUGCUGUGUGUGAAAUACAAAUCUUUGGAUUUUGUCCGGAGAACUAUUGUGGAUACAACUGUUCUGUUCCCUGUCACUGUCGAAUCCCAGGAUCUAUGAAGGACAGACUAACCGGAGUUUGUACUUCCGGUUGUGCUGGCAGGUGGACAGGAAGGAAUGGAUUGUGCAACCAUGAUUGUAGCAAAACCACGUGGGGAGAGGAAUGUAAAUAUCAAUGUGGCCACUGCAACAAUGGAGAUUCGUGCAACGUUAGCAAUGGGCACUGCAAGGCAUGUGCAGCGGGCUAUAAGCCGACUCCAAAGUGUGAUGAUGAAUGUGUUGAUGGAAUUUAUGGAUUAUACUGCAACAAGACGUGUAGUUCAAAAUGUAAAGGAACUUGUGGAAAAUCACUUGGUGUCUGUCCAGAUUGUUUCGCAGGGUUUACUGGCGAUUAUUGCGACAAAGAAUGUGUCAAUGGGACAUUUGGGCCUGGAUGUAGAUGGAAGUGUCAUUGCUUUGCUGGGGAGCCAUGUGACAAGCAGUCAGGCUUGUGUGAUUACGGAUGUGACCCGGGAUGGUUUGGAAAAAGUUGUGACCGAGAAUGUCCAGGUGGCACGUAUGGACGCAUGUGCUACAACAGCUGCAGUCACAAAUGUAAACGAGGAUGUAACAAAGUUGAUGGUGCAUGCAAUGGCUGUGCGGACGGCUGGAAGGGACAUUUGUGCGAUGAGAAGAAUUUUACCGCUUCUGAGAUUACGGGGGUGGCUGGAGGGUCAGUAGGAGUUUGUCUAUUUCUUCUUGGACUGAUAUUUGCUAGUGUUCUUGUAUAUCGAAGAUACAAGUCGGCAUCGAAAAAAAGAGACACAACUAAUGUUGUUCAAGACAUAGAAUAUGCUAAUGCUGGGAGAGCAUCCGAAGUCCCGUACGAAAUGACUGAUAAAAACAGCGAUGCACAUAUGUAUCAGGCUCUUCAGAACUGACACAUGUCUAAAACGGAGAAGCAAUCGACAUACAAGGGCCACUUAUGGUUAUGAAUGUUAAUGUUCUUAGGUACAUGUACCAUCUUAUUCUCAUACUCAUUAUGUCAAUUUGAUUUAUUGCAGUGUUCAAUAUAUAUAUAUGUACGGACAUCGUUAUGCUAUCAGUCGUCUUGUGUAUUGCAUAUGUUACCAAAAACUAUAAAUAUAUUAAUUAAAUUAGUUCUCCUAUACUUGAUAGCUACUUUUAAUUCAAUGUCGCAGUUUUGUUUACUUGUUGUUAUUUCUUAAAUAUGUGUCGGAAAAAUCUAUACAUAGGUUAUGUUUAUCUUAUUGUUGUAUGUAUAACAACCGACAAUAAACCGAUAUUGACUUGAAUAUAUUUUGGUUACUGGAAGCCCAGGUCAUUAUUCACAAAGCGGUUUCAAGUUCACCUAAUAAUAAGUUAAAAAUUGCAACAAUGUAAACACGGAAUAGUGUAAAUUGUUUCUUCAACAAGUGCAGUUUGUUGAUUUGAAUUUGUUAAGAACAGCACGAUCUACUUAUGUUUUUCAACCUGUUAUUUUAGUUGUUCCUUAAGGUGAUACAAUUGGUGAGCAGUAUACUUAGUAAACAAAUAUAAUAAUGUCAGAUUUAGAAAUGUGAAUAAAUAUAACAAAAUA